AUGCCCAAGCACGUAAGUUGUUGUGUGCCUUUGUGCACCAAUAAUUUCAGAAACUCCUUCGGAUUGACGUUUUAUCGAAUUCCAAAAGAUGAAAGUAUUCGCAGAGAAUAUGUCCGUUUACUAAGAAAGGAUAAUUUGAAGAUAGAGUCCGACAGUACACGCGUUUGCUCUGCGCAUUGGACUGGAGGUAGUAAGCUCAGCAGAACUCACCUUCCAUCGAUAUUUCCUUGGAGCAAGAAGGAAAAGGAGCGACGGAUUUUGUCCAGAACGGAAGCGACUGCAAAUACAGCAAGCAAGAAAAGAAAAGUGGACGUGGGAUCUUCUACCGAAAUUGACGAAGGGACUCUUAUUGAAAUUGAUCACGAGGAGUCCAUUCCGGCCUUUUGCGAUGCAGCGACACAAACUGAAAUGACUGUAGAAAUGCUGGAUCGAAUGGAAGCCGAACUUAAAGAGAUGAGAGAGGAAAAGGAAAGGUUGGCAAGGGAGAGAGACGAGUUAUCAAGGGAGUUAAAGAGACUUCAGCAUGUAACGAAAAAUCAGAAAUUUGACAUUGUAAAAUUUAAGGACAGCCCUGAAGAUGUCGAAUUUUACACAGGCCUUCCCCACUGGGACGCACUUAUGCUCCUUUAUGACCUGGUCAGUCAGAAGGCUCAGAACCUGAACUAUGGCAGUUACGAAAAGAAAGACAGUGGUUCAGAGCAAAAGCUUGGAAGACCCAGAGCAUUGACUUUAUUUGAAGAGUUUGUUAUGACUUUAAUGAGACUUAGGCUUGGCUUGUUUCAAAAGGAUCUUGCACACAGAUUUAAAGUUUCUGAAACUACUGUUUCUGUUGUGUUUAACACUUAG